UUACACAUUUGAUAUUUAGUACUCUAAAGUAUCAGUCAGGAUAAGAAACAAAAAUGCUUAUUCAGAUAGUAUUGCUAAUUUCAAUAGCAUUGUUGGUGUUUAUUUAUAUAACGCGCAAGAAUAAUGAAGCAUAUUGGACAAAACGUGGAGUUAAAUUUAAUGACAGAAACAAAAUCACUGGACCCCUCUGGGAUUUUUUGACAUCGAACAAACCACUGUUUCAAAUAUUGGAUGAAAUUUAUAAAAAAUAUCGCGACGAGCCAGCUGUCGGUAUUGGGGGUUUGUUAACUCCAACACUACUCGUCAACGAUGCAACGAACAUCCAGCACCUUUUCCAAACUGAUUUCAAAUCUUUCAACCAUCGAGGAUUUGAAGUGAAUGACGGCGACCAUCUGGCUGAUAACAUUUUGUUCAUGAACGGCAAUAGAUGGAAACUAGUGAGACAAAGCAUGACACCUGUGUUUACCAGUGCAAAACUCAAAAAGAUGUUCUAUAUCAUGGACAAGAGCGGAAAAGAUUUUGUUGACUACAUUAAAGACAACACAUUAAGGUUAAAUAAAGAUGCGUUUCACUCAAUUUCGACAUAUUGCUGUGCGUCUAUUGGAGCUGCUGUGUUUGGUAUAGUCUCAGAAUCAGUAUUUGAUUCACCUUUUUUGGAUGUUGCUAAAAGAGCUGCCAACUUGUCAUUUUGGACUAACUUUAAAUUUUCAUUGAUGAUUUUAAGUCCAUGGUUAUCCAAAAAACUUAAUUUCAAAAUAUUCUCGGAACAUGAAGAGUUUUUUAUUGGUGCUAUGAAAAGAAUUAUUCGCCAACGAGAACAAGAACACGGACAGAAACAUGAUUUUGCUGACAUUUGCGUAAGUUUACAAAGAAGUGGUACUUUGAAAGAUCGAGAGACAGGACUAGAGUUGGAGCCCACAGACGAGCUGUUGUCAGGACAAGCAUUUUUCUUCUUCACUGCUGGUGUAGAUCCUAGUGCAGCUUCCAUCUACGCUUGCUUGUUAGAAUUAGGAAGACAUCCUGAGCAUCUCCAAAAAGUCCAUGACGAGAUAGACAGCACUUUCGAAGCACUCGGCGGUAAACUGACUUAUGAAUCAGUUAUGGACAUGGAAUAUUUAGAAAAAGUUUUAUGUGAGAGUUUAAGACUGUGGCCACCAAUUGGAAAUUUAUCGAGACAGUGUGUUGAAGACACUGUGCUACCAGUAGGAAAUAUCAAGAUAGAGAAAGGUACUAAAGUGUUUGUGCCCGUUUAUCAAUUGCAUCACGACCCUAAACACUAUCCCGAUCCAGAAGUAUUUGAUCCGGAGAGGUUCGCAUCAGAGGCAGCUCGGGACAACAGUAUCUACAUGCCUUUUGGUAAGGGGAACAGACUCUGUGUUGGCAUGAGGUUCGCAUCAGAGGCAGCUCGGGACAGCGGUGUCUACAUGCCAUUUGGUAAGGGGAACAGACUCUGUGUUGGCAUGAGGUUCGCUCGUCUGCAAGUCAAGACUGGACUGAUAUAUUUCCUCCGCCACUUUACAGUGAAAACGGAGAUACAUGGAGAUACAAUUAAAUUUAAGAAAGAAUUAGUACAAUUAAGGCCUUCUAAUGUCGAUAUAACAUUUAUACCUAGAAAAAAUGUAAAAACAUUGUAAAUUAUAAUGAGCAAUGGUUGUAACCUUGUAUCGUAUACAUAAGGGUGGUUUAUAUACAAAAUUAAAACCUUCUUUAUAUACUAAAUAACAGGUAUUAAACGCGCACAUGCCUUUUCUAUUUCCCAGGUGUUUCGGACCUUGUUACUAAGGUCCGUGGUCACUAGGCGACUUCUUUUCUUGUGUUAUGGCUCCAUCUUUCGUCAAAACGAUGAGCAACCGCCUAAGUGAUAUUAAAAUAAAAAUACUGAAUUAUUUUCUCACAUAUCCAAAGAAUACGGCGCCAAGUGAAAAAAUUAAAUAAGUACCACCUUGUAUUUGUACAUAUAUUUACUUGUAAAUUUUAUUUUAAAAUGUUAUUUUUAUACUCACUCUAAUAUACUCUUAGAUCAAGUUUUGUAAAUAAUGCUUAAUAUUAAAUGACAAUAAAAAUAUAUCGGAGGA